AUGGCAGCCAAACCCUUCUCACUGAUUCCCGAAUCAGCUCGUGGGGAGUUCAUUCCCUUCGAGGUCGAUGUACCUGCGAGCGAGCUCGACGAUCUGACGCUCCUAAUCAAGAGAUCGCGUGUCAACAGAACGACGUUCGAGAACACUCUUGUCGACGGUCAUUUGGGUGUCAAGCGCGAAUGGCUGGUUGAAGCGCUAUCGCAUUGGACAGAUAAAUUUGCCUGGCGAAAGCAUGAAACGUACAUCAACUCAUUCCCUGCGUACCAUGCAAAGAUCACCGACGAUGAUGGGAGAAAAUACAACAUACACUUCGUUGGCCUUUUCUCCAAGCGAAAGGACGCCAUCCCUAUUUUCCUUCUUCAUGGCUGGCCAGGCAGCUUCCUUGAGUUCCUCCCCAUGCUCGACAUUCUGAGAAACCGCUACUCGGAGCAGGACCUUCCCUAUCACCUCAUCGCCCCGUCUAUGCCAGGCUACGCAUUCUCAUCCCCUCCGCCCACCGACAAGGACUUCUACCUCAGCGACAUCGCAAGACUGUUCAACAAGCUUGCCACGGAAAGCCUUGGCUUCAGGACGUAUAUCGUGCAAGGUGGUGAUAUCGGAAGCAAAGUCGGCCGAGUGAUGGCAGCCGAGCACAAGGCAUGCCAGGCCGUACACAUGAACUUCUGCAUCAUGCCCAAACCAGCCACCCUCCGACCUGGUGCAGUCAUCUCAGAGCAGGAACAGAUCGGACUGAAGCGCGCAGAUGCAUUCCACAGGCUCGGUUCAGCGUACGCUCUGGAGCAUGCCACGAAACCCAGCACCAUUGCGCUUGUGGUGGGCAGCAACCCGGUAUCGUUACUGGCCUGGAUCGGAGAGAAGUUUGUCGACUGGACUGAUGAGACACCCGACAUCGAUACAAUCCUCGAAUCGAUUUCGCUGUACUGGUUCACUGAUACCUUCGCGACGACGCUGUACCCCUAUCGGCAUCUCUUUACCCCAGGAGUGAUUGGCGCGCACGAGGAUCCGAAAUGGUAUGUGCACAAGCCAAUGGGGUUCUCGUGGUUUCCGAAAGAACUGGCACCUAUCCCUCGAGCAUGGGUCGAAACGACUGGAGAUCUUGUGUUCCAUCGGGAACACCAAAAGGGAGGCCACUUUGCAGCCGUGGAACAAACGGAAACUCUGCUGAAGGACUUGGAGGACUUUGUCGCUCAGGUGUGGAGAACAGGGCCCGCGUAG